AUGUCAGCUCAUGAAGGUGUAAGUUGUGAUGCUUGUGGUAAAAGUAAUUUUCGUUCAAAACGAUAUAAAUGUUUAAUUUGCCAUGAUUAUGAUCUUUGUUCGACAUGUUAUGAACAAGCAGAAGCAUCAAAUCAGCAUACUAAUGAACAUCCUAUGCAAUGUAUAUUGACACGCCAGGAUUUUGAUUUUUACUAUCAUGGUGAACGAUAUACAUCUGAUCAAGCCCAAUCAUUCACUUGCCCUUUUUGUGGUGAAAUGGGUUUUUCAUUACCAUUUGUAAAUGAAUCAUCAUCAUCACAGAAUUUUGAUCUAUUUCAUCAUCUUCAACUAAAACAUGCCGAUGAACAACAAACAAAUGAAGUUAUUUGCCCUAUUUGCGCAGCUAUGGUUAAUGGUGAACCGAAUUUAGUUACAGCUGAUCUUUUAUCACAUAUUGCUAAUGAUCAUCAACACCAACAAGUUCAAACACCAUCAACAGGUGGAAUCGGAACAAAUCCCUAUUCACGACAAUCAUCAUCAAAUAGAGAGUCCGAUUUUACUAAUGCUCGAGCUGGUUUUAGACGAGGACCAUUACGAACACCUGGCCGACGAGGUGCAUUAGGAAGAGGUAGUGGAACUGUAAGUCAACAUUUCGUUGUUGAUACUUCAACAGUCAAUGGUGGAAGUGAUCCAAUAGCUGAUUUAUUAACACAAUUAUCGACAGUAAGAAGAUUGGCAGCAGCAAAUAGUACUAAUAAUAGUUCAUCAUCAAAUACAAUUAAUCUUCAAACAUUAACUCGACAACAAUAUGAACGCGAACGACUUCGUACGGUAGGACGUUCACAUCAUCAGCAACAACAAUCGCAUCAUUCACAGCCAACAGCAGCAUCAUCGUCGCCAUCAUCGAAUAGUUUAUCAUCAAUCGAAAAUGACUUUUUUGAUUCACUUUUUGCAUCUGCUCUCUUUAUUGAUUCAUCUUCCUCAACAAAUAAUAAUCAUCAAACUUGGGCACAAAUUGUUGCACAACAACAAUCAACACCCGAACAACAACAACAACAACAACAGCAACAACAACAACAAUCAUCCACGACAAAAACGACUGCAAGUGAACCUGAUUCAUCAUUACUAAGACGAUUAUGUGAUGAAAAUUCUUGCUCCUUGACUCAACAAACUAAUAAUGCAGCACAACAACAAAAACGAAAAAGUGAUUUUUUGCAUAGUUUGCUUUUUUCUAGUUUUGUUUGUCCACUUCAUGAUACCGAUAAAUAA